UCUCGUAAAAGUUCUUUAAAUAGAAUACAUGAUUAUCAUAUUUAUAUAUACAUAGUAUGUGUAUGUUAAAUAGAAUAAAAUUUGUAAUUGAAAAUCCAAGUCGGUGUGAAGCGAUCAUAACCAGCCGCAGUAAAAGAAACAGGCCAAAUUAAAGAAUACUCUGCCAUAAGCAUCACAAAGAAGAACCCAUAAGACAGGUCUCAUUUCUUUAAUACAUGUGAUACAAUAUGAAGAUUUUGCAUAUAUUUUUUAAAAUGGUUUUUGAUCAUUCGAGGCUCCCAUAAACUAAUAAAUCAAAGGAAUUACCAAAAGGUUGAAUUGUUCAAAUUUAAAGUAUUUGAAAUACAAUUAGACUUAAUAGAAUCAUUUCAAUAUGAGCGAUGAGCUUAUUUUGCGAGAGCAGCAGUGAACUUUGCUUGUCUGUCAAUAAAUUGAACUUUUAAUGUGUACCAAUAAUUGAGGGUGGACUUCAUUAGUAUAAUAAUACAUCUUUUCUCUAUCCAAUUUGUAAUUUUAAUGGGGCCAAGUGUUAUAUACAUUAUAAAAAAGAGAGUUGAUUUUGAAGAUAAUUUCUCAAUAUUGUGAUAUAUGCAUAAAAGAUUGCUUGUCAAAAUGCGUCUAUCUCAGGUUGCAAAGUAUGAUGCGUCAAUUUCAAUGGACCUAAGCAAGAGUGACGCUGUGUUUGAAUUUUGCAAUGGAUACCCAAGUAAUAGUAUAAUACUGCAAAUUGAAAAUCUCACGAGUUCGACAGAGCAAAUUUUAUUAUUUUUAGUGAUCGAUGUUUUCAUUAAGAAUUAUUUUUUAAUUAAAUUAUAAUAUUUGAGAGUAUAGAAUGGUGCGACACAAUGACUUAUUUAAAAAAUUAUUCUGAAAUGAUAAAUUGCAAACCAUAGAGAAACAGAGUCCAGUGAAAUUCAUGUAGAUGAAUCUUCGAUAGACGAAACCCACAAGACUUAGACUAAAGUCUCUCUAUCAAAUGAAAAAAAAAAAAAAGCUCGAAAUUUUAAAAUCACUUACUUAAAACAGAAAGAGAUUGAGGUAUGUAAUUUCGUUUCGGUCUUACGUGAAAAUCUUCAAUCGCCCAUUUAGAGUCGUACGUGUCAGUUCCAGUGAAUCCCAUGUGUCCACCCUCUUCAGACGUGGCAAAAUACAAACAAACACCUGUCCAUCACUCACUCACUGUCCCACUCUACCGCCAUCACUCCAAUAUGUAUAUAUAUAUAUAUAUAUGUGAACACACAUUCUUGUAAUUCUUGAUACAAGAAACUGUGUUUAAGAGAAGGAGAAUUACAGCACAACAGAUUCCGUCAUGUUUCUUGAAACCUCAGAUACGAUGCAGAAAUGUUCACCGCCGUGGCAAGUUCUUGAUCUUGUAGCCAACCACCUCGACCCCGGAACUCUAGCCACAGCCGCCUGCGUCUGCAAGUCCUGGUCCAUUUCCAUGUCUUCCGACCACCUCUGGCAGCCCAUUUGCUCCUCCACCUACCCCUCCCUCUCCAACCUCCGUGCCGCCGCCUCCGACGUCCCCUACAGCAAACUCUACUCCCUCGGCCGCGCCGCCGAUAAGCGCCGCGUGCAGAAGCCCCUUAAACCCCACCUGUCUCUGCACGACCUCUUCUUCGCCGUGGACGUCCAGACCAGCCGUGAGUCCGUCGUCACUGUCGCAAAGCCCGGCGGCGAACUCAAGCUCGACAAGAAUGGAGUUUUCCGGUUCGACAUCGAGGUCGAGAGCGACAAGCUGGUGGGGUUCGAGGCGCUGGAUAGCUUGAGGAUCACGUGGAACGUGGUGUUGGAGGGGUUUAAAGGUGUUUUCACGAUGAUGGAUUGCAAGGGGAAAGGGAGCUUUGUGUUGGGGUUGGAGGGGUGGUUCUCGAAGGAGCUGCCACCGGCGGGGUGCUGCUCGAGCGACGCCGCAAGUGGGCUGGUGGCGGAUUUGAGGUUGGGUCUGCGGGAGAGCGGAGGGAAGGUAGUGGUGGAGAAGAUUAGUGUGGGGGUCUUGAGUAUAGUGAGUUGGAGAUAUGUGUGUGUGGAUGAUGCUCUUAGGUAUUUACAGCAUUUUCUGUUGCCCUGUAAUGUCUGAAAUUUGGACAUUUUUUCCCCUUUUGCACCUUUGUACAGUUGAUGCAGGUAACGAAAUAGUGUAAGAUAUGUCGAACGAAAUUUCACGUU